AUGGAAGUUAAAAAGGUUGAGCGGGAUAAAUCAGAUGACGAGCUUGAGAUGACAAUGGUGUGCUACAGGCCGGAGGGCCUGGACCAACUGGAAGCCCAGACCAACUUCACCAAACAGGAGCUGCAGAUUCUCUAUCAUGCAAGCAUGUAUGCACACUAUCUUUUCAACGCGUUUGACACAACAAACAAUGGCUCCAUUAAGUUUAAGGACUUUGUGAUGGGGCUGUCCAUUCUGCUGCGGGGAACGCUUCGGGAAAAGCUGGAGUGGACAUUUCAUCUUUAUGACAUCAACAGAGAUGGAUACAUAAACAGAGAGGUGAGGCUGUGUGAGGCAAAGUUUGAAAAGCGUUUUACGGGAUCUCAAAUCAGCACUAAAACCAAAAAAAAUCCCAUGUUCCUGCAGGAAAUGACGGAGAUUGUGAGGGCCAUUUAUGACAUGAUGGGGAAGUACACGUACCCUGCAUUAAAAGGAGACGUCCCACAGCAACAUGUGGAUGCCUUUUUCCAGAAAAUGGAUAAGAAUAAAGAUGGAGUGGUGACUCUGGAGGAAUUCGUUAUAGCCUGUCAAGAGGCGCUGGGAACCAAAGUUCUGAUCUGCCACCUUCAGAGGGGGCCAGCAUCAGUGUGGGGCAGGACCAUGGCGGUCCCAGCCCGCAUCGCUCUGUGCCACUGGCUGCAGCCUGCAGAAGUGCCUGCAACCAAAGCUCUAAAAGCCCAGGAAACAUAA